AUGGAAGACUGGCACAACAAGGCGAAUGAAGUGUAUGAUUCACUCCCAGAAAGAUAUCAACAGCCAGUGAACGACCUGCGCCGACGACAGACACAAACGAGUCCAACACCAGCUAUCGACACCGCGGUCCCGACGUUCAUCCCUCCGCCGAACCAAGACAUCACCCCCGCCUUGUUGCAGCAAUCCUUGAGUGUUCAGCCUCAAGACACGGCAAAAGUUAGCUCUAUUGUCCCCUACCUGCGAGACGGCGUCAUCCAGAUCUACUUGCAAUUGGAUGGUCCAGUACCAACCACGCUCAUCGUCAACUGUAGCACUUCCUUACCCUGUGGCACAAUCGGCCUGGUCGAUCCUCAGCCUAACCUUGCCUUGGUUCCUCUGGUCGUGAACCAAGGCCAAGGACAGCCCCAAACGGUGGCUCCUGAUUGUCAAUGCAUCGCUAUGAACAUGUAUGAUCCACACAUCGUCAUCUGGUGGAUCCAGAAACUCAGUGAUGGCAGCGUCUACUCAGUCCUCGGAAACAAUAUUGUCUCAGACAUCGACCAAAUGAAUACGACCCAGAGUACGGCUUUGACCCUGACCGUCGUAUCUCAAGGAGCCGGCAAACGUAGCCUUGACAACAACAUUGCUUAUGUCCAACCCCAAAGACGACAAAUCUGGAGUGUUCAAUGUGACGGGGCCUGCCCUUUCUACCAUAUGAACAUGAUCAAGGGCACCGAUGGGUAUUGCGGCUGCAUGUUCAAAGAUGCAGGCGAAACGCUAGACGCCCGGGCCUUGAUUGAACCAAAUCUGUACAAUGCAAAGAUGACUGUGGAAGCAUGUGCGGCCAUGUCAUGUUUCAACGAUGGUGGUGAUCCAACUCCGGCACUUUUCCAUCCGUUCCAACUGACUUGUUGGUGUGUCACACAACCGUACAUUCAGUCCAACCCAAGCGCGUGGAGUCCUUCGUCGGGAACAACGUCGUCCUAA